AUGGCAGCCACUUACAGACUUGUGGUUAGCACCGUGAACCACUACAGCAGCGUGGUGAUAGACCGUCGUUUCGAGCAAGCCAUCCAUUACUGCAGUGGAACCUGCCACACCUUCGCACACGGGGUUGACUGCAUCGUGGUGCAUCACAGUGUGUGCGCAGACCUCCUGCAAAUCCCUGUGCCUCGCUUCAAGGACGUGGACCUGGACGCUCUGUUUCUACCCCAUGAAAAUGGGCUGUCCUCUGCUGAAGGCAAUGAUCUCCAUCACGCCCUCACAGGCGUGUCCAAGGUCAAGAAAGGUGCCGCCCUUCAGAACACCUCUAACUUAAAGGACAUCGCAGGGGAAGCCAUCAGUUUUGCCAGUGGGAAAAUAAAAGAAUUUUCCCUUGAGAAGCUCCGAAACUCCAAUCAUGCAGCUUAUAAAAAGGGAAGGAAGGUGAAGUCUGACUCAUUUAAUAGGAGGUCAGUUGACUUUGACUUGCCCUGUGGACAUUACAACAAUUAUGGAAACUCCCCAUCCUUCGGCUUGCUCCGGAGUUCCUCCCUGGAGGAAAAGCCUUUGUCUCAUAGACACUCCCUUGAUCUGAACCUGACUUCCAUGCUUCUCCACACCUUCUCUGAAGAAGACCUGGUCACCCAGAUUUUGGAAAAACAUAAACUAGACAGCUUUUCUUCCGGGACGGACAUAAAGAUGUGUUUAGAUAUUUUGCUGAAAUGUUCUGAGGAUCUGAAAACGUGCACAGACAUUAUCAAGAAGUGCAUCAAGAAGAAGUCAGGGAGUAGCAUCAGUGAAGGAAGUAGUCCCGAUGGAACUUCUACCUCUGAAACGGUCUAUAUGAAUGUCAUGACCAGACUAGCAUCCUAUCUGAAAAAGUUACCAUUUGAAUUUGUACAUUCUGGGCAAAACGAGGCUCUCGACUUAACAGAAUUGAUGAGCAAUAUGCCUAGUUUACAGCUCACUCACUUCUCCCCGAUAUUUGGCACUGAGCAGCCCCCUAAAUAUGAGGACAUUGUUCAGCUCUCAGACCCUGGACCUCUUCAGAUGAUUGAACUGCAACACGACAAGCACAAUUCAAGGAAAACGGACGAUGUAAAGUACAUUCCGAACAACUCCACCAAUUCCUCGUGUAACUUAGAGGGAAGUGAUCCCAGAGCUCACAAACCCGUCCAGCUCCAAUCACAGUCACUAACCAUCAACAAUUUAGAGAAUGUCUCUUCUGGUGACUUAAUCGACACUCUCUAUAUUGACGAAGAAUCAAGUGGAAAGAAAGCCUUUGGCAAAGAACAACAAAAGACAAAGAAUGGGCCCGGUCAGGAGUCGUUAAAGGUAAAUCAAGGUAGAGCAGAACUAUCCGACCAGGACACUCAUUUUCAAAAAUGCCCAACCUCAGUGCAAAAUGCUGCUGGGAAGAUAUUUGAGAAGCCAGUUGUUAAACCACCUGAGGAAGACUUUAAGACAAAAGUUCCAGAGGGUGGAAAGGGAGGCCAUGGAGAUUUUAUGAAUCCUAGCAGUCAGGAAGAGAUCGAUAAAUUGUUAAUGGAUUUGGAAUCUUUCUCUCAAAAAAUGGAGACCUCUCUAAGGGAGCCGUUUGCUAAGAAUGAAAACUCCACUUUUCAGAAUAAUCACAGUCAAUUGACUGGUCAGAUCCCCGUGGAUCUUGAGGCUAAAACCAAAGUCUCUUCACCUUCAGAAAAAGUCUCACCUUCCUGUCUAACAAGGAUCAUUGAAACCAAUGGACACAAAAUAGAGGAAGAGGACCGAGCCCUUCUUCUGCGGAUUCUGGAAAGUAUUGAAGACUUUGCUCAAGAGCUCGUUGACUGCAGAUCGGGCAGAGGGAGUCUAUCACAGGAAAAGGAGAUGAUGCAGAUUCUGCAGGAGACCUUAACAACUCCUUCCCAGGCCAAUCUGCCCAUCUGUAGAAGUCCGGCGGACGAUAAAGCCCAGGAGACCACUUCAAUGGUUUUAAUUCAACAGACCCCAGAGGUGAUCAAGAUUCAAAACAAACCAGAAAAGAAAUCCGGAACCCCACUCCCGCCUCCGUCCACCCCUCCAGGUGGUCCCCAGCCUCCCUCCCCUGUUCUUCAUGUGAACAACGUCGUGAACACACCCUUGUCCAUAAACAUUCCACGGUUCUACUUUCCGGAAGGGCAGCCCGGUCCCUGCAGUAACCAUGAACAGACUCUGAACAGAAUCGAGAUGGCUUUCAUGGACACUGAAGACCAGAAAGCAGAUAUAUACGAAAUGGGAAAGAUUGCGAAGGUCUGUGGCUGCCCUCUCUAUUGGAAAGCUCCUAUGUUCAGGGCCGCGCAGGGAGAAAGGACAGGCUUUGUAUCGGCCCAGGCAUUCCUCGAGUUGUGGACAAAGUUGCUGAACGACCAUCAUGAUGAUGCCUCCAAGUUCAUCUAUCUCCUGGCAAAACCCAACUGCAACACCCUGGAACAGGAGGAUUUCGUCCCUUUACUUCAGGAUGUGGUGGAUACACACCCCGGCCUUACGUUCCUCAAGGACGCGCCAGAGUUCCACUCCCGCUACAUCACCACGGUUAUUCAGAGAAUAUUCUACACAGUGAACAGAUCGUGGAGUGGAAAAAUCACCUCAACAGAGUUAAGGAAAAGCAACUUUUUGCAAACGCUAGCCCUUUUGGAAGAAGAGGAAGAUAUCAACCAAAUCACAGAUUAUUUCUCCUAUGAACACUUCUAUGUUAUUUACUGUAAAUUCUGGGAACUCGACAGAGAUCAUGACCUCUACAUCAGCCAGGCCGAUCUGUCUCGAUACAAUGAUCAAGCUUCGUCCAACAGGAUUAUUGAAAGAAUAUUCUCUGGAGCAGUAACAAGAGGACAGACAGUACAGAAGGAGGGAAGGAUGAGCUAUGCCGACUUUGUUUGGUUUUUGAUCUCCGAGGAAGACAAAAGGAACCCCACAAGCAUCGAGUACUGGUUCCGCUGCAUGGACGUGGACGGGGACGGGGUGCUGUCCAUGUACGAGCUGGAGUACUUCUACGAGGAGCAGUGCGAGCGGAUGGAAGCCAUGGGCAUUGAGCCCCUGCCGUUCCACGACCUGCUCUGCCAGAUGCUUGACUUGGUAAAGCCAGCCAGCUAUGGCAAAGUCACGCUACGUGAUCUGAAGAGAUGCAGAAUGGCUCAUAUCUUUUAUGACACUUUCUUUAACCUGGAGAAAUACUUGGACCAUGAACAGAGAGAUCCCUUCGCAGUCCAAAAGGAUGCUGAGAAUGACGGGCCCGAGCCGUCUGACUGGGACAGGUUCGCGGCCGAGGAGUACGAGACCCUGGUGGCUGAGGAGUCGGCUCAGGCCCAGUUCCAGGAAGCCUCCUCUGAAGAUUAUGAAACAGAUGAACCCAUCCCUCCCUCUGAAUUUGGAAACAAAGGCAAUAAAAUAGUCACCCCAAACCUUUCAGAGAAAUGUGGAAAGCUCCAGUCGGUGGAUGAAGAGUAG